AUAGCUCAACACUUCUUCGUGAGAGUUAAUGAAUUUAUGCUGGUAGUUUUUUUGGCGGGGUAUUACUGCCGAUUGGUUAAAAAUAAAAAACAUAGGCUUACGUCAAUUUGGAGCGGAGUGUUACGAUAUAUCAAAUUUUCCGGACUAUUACAGGACAAAGUGUUCAUUACUCAAUCGGGCAAAAACAGUUUAGCAAAGAAAUUAUUCCGUACCGGUUGAAACAUUCAAAGUGUUGGGUGUAGGCGAAAAAGUGUCGAGUACGGUGACUGGCAUGACCGUGCAAGACGAAUCAAGGGCGAUGCCGCAAACUGCAGCUACCAGGUCGCGGUUUAUGAUCACCGACAUCUUGAAUGGACCAGCAGAUGGUGGAGCGGCGGCUAUUAUGAGGGGACGGUCCCCAAGUCCCAGCCCCAGAGAUUUGUCGUUACACUCCAACCCAGUACAUGACAGUGAUACGGACAGUUCUGGUCAUCCCGAUACUUCCAGUAUAUGUUCAAACGGGCAAAACGGCGAUGACUCUUUGAACUCGAAAGGCUCUAACGGCGCGAUAAGCAAGAAACAAAGAAAAGCACGGACAGCGUUCACGGAUUUACAGUUGCAGACGUUAGAGAAGAGCUUCGAGAGACAAAAGUACCUGAGCGUUCAAGAUCGAAUGGAACUCGCGGCGAAAUUGAGCCUCACCGACACUCAAGUCAAGACUUGGUAUCAAAAUAGACGGACAAAAUGGAAAAGACAGACGGCCGUUGGCCUAGAACUUCUCGCCGAAGCAGGCAACUACGCGGCUUUUCAAAGGCUGUACGGCGGCCCCCCUUACGGAUGCUGGUAUCCUCCACAGAACGCUGGGCCCACAGCCGCUCCAACGCCAGCGGACAUUUAUUACCGGCAAGCUGCCGCUGCCGCUGCUGCAACGUUACAAAAACCUCUACCGUACCGACUUUAUCCUGCGGGUAUAGGUUUGGGUAUUCCGGGUCCAAGUGCACACUUAUCAGCCGGUGGAUUGUCAGCAGGCUCAUUGGCAGCCAGUAGUUCCUUGAGUAACUUGUCGAGCUAUUAUUCGAAUCCAACGUCAGACGGCCCGUCUCCAAGAUCUCCAAGUCCAAACGUACCUCUCGAUCCUGGAUCGCCGGGAUCACCGAUCGAGAGGAGAUCACCAUCGGACGACGAAGACACUAUUCACGUGUAACGACUAUCCCGUCGACAGUGUUUCGAAAUCGACCGUGGAAGUGGUAAGCGUGGAUGAUUUUGAUCGAACAAAAUGUUGAGUUAGCAGAAAUAAGAGAGCGAAAAUCGUUUUACCACUUCAGCGGCCGACUCUCUUUUACUAUUGUGAUAUAAAGUUGUACUAUAAAAACCUUUGUUAAUUUAUUUUCCGCUUUUAAGUGUUGUGUAGAAUAAAAACGAUGGAUUUUUCGAGAUGUAGAAUAUGAACAUAAUGUGUAUGUGCUUUGUAUAUACAAAACGUUCCAAAUAACGGCCGAUGAUGGUGGCCAGAGUUUCUGUAACAUAGCGAGAAAUGGACGUACGUAGCGAGUUUACAAUUUUUAUUUAUAUCACGCUAGGUAAAAGCUCCUGCGCGUGUAUCCUCCAUGAGUAUGUUUAUUCAUG